CGCGGUGCACGCUGGGCAGCAAUCGCUGGUCCCUUGGUGGCCCUGGCUUGCCGGUUGCUAGGAGUCGGGGACGCCCGCCCGCCGAGAGCUGCAGCUCAGCAGGCCUGGUUUGGGCUGAAAAGAGCGGGCGCCAGCCGGCUGGUCUCCCCCUGGUCGCCCGCGCCUGCCUAGGGCCUAGGAUACCGCGGUGCUCGGGUCUACAAGGAGUGAUGGAACCUGGGAAGAGAAGAACCAAAGAUGAUACUUGGAAAUCAGAUGACCUCAGAAAACACCUUUGGGCGGCACGAUCAGGCAGUCCCAAGGAGGAGAAGAAACACAGAGAAAGGAAGCUGCACAAGGAGUCCGAAGUGGAGCUCUCUGAACACAGGGAGCACAAGUACAGGGACCCCGACUCAGGAAGGACGACCGGGGGAGACCCUCAGCCCUCCAAGGAGAGUCCUCGUGGGGAGCGAGACCGAGAAAAACUCCGAGAGAGGAGGAGAGACACAAAAGACCGGGAGAAAGAAAAACCGAAAGAGAAAUGUCGAGAACAAGACACAGAGAAGCCUCACGGCCGAGGAAAAGAGAGAGAAAAGGAGAGAGAAAAGGAGAGAGACAGGAGGGCUAGGAAGGAGGAGCUGAGGCCGAGGGCUGCGCACCACAGCCUCCUGGGCCCAGAGGCUCGGGACCGGCCCCUGGAGAAGGUGCAGAGGAAGACGCGCUCAGUAAGCAAAGUAAGAAUCGAAGAAAAAGAAAGGCGAGAUGAAGACUCUGAAAGAGGAGAUGAAGAUAGAGAAAGAAGAUACCGAGAAAGAAAGUUGCAGUAUGGGGACAGCAAAGACAACCCUCUCAAGUACUGGCUUUAUAAGGAGGGUGGUGAAAGAAGGCACAGGAAGCCACGGGAAGCAGAUCGAGAGAGGAAACACCGAGAAAAAAGCAGCACACGGGAGAAAAAAGAAAGACAUUCAAAAGAAAAGAGCAGCGCGUUCUCUGACAAAGAAGGGGAAGAAAGACAUAAAGAGAAACCACACAAAGAAGCCUUUCAUUUUGACGAGAGGCACCGAAGCAGCAUGGAUAAAAAAGAGAGACUGUGGAAAGAAGAGCACAGGAAAAGGGAGUCCAAGAAUGGUGAACCCAGAAGCCGAGGAACAAGUCUGAGAAGAGAUGGGACUGGCAACCAGCAUUUGGAGAGUGCAGCGAGGAGCAGUGGAAGGGAGAGGGAUUCGCGGGGGAAGGAAAUUGAAAGGGAAGACAUGGAUUUAGCAAAUGCUGAGGCUGAUGAAUAUACAGUUGGUUUUGAAGAUGAUUUUGAAGACUAUGAAGAUGACUUUGAGGUUUGUGAUGGAGAUGAUGAUAGCAGCAACGAGCCUGAGUCAACAGAAAAACCGGAAGAACUUCCUUUAGCCCAAAAAAGGGAGAUACAAGAAAUUCAGAAAGCCAUCUACGCAGAAAACGAGAGGCUCGGGGAGCUGUCCUCAGAGCUGCUGCGGAAGCAGGGGCUGGCGGAGGGCCCCGGGGACCCCCGCACAGAUGUGAAUACUUCCCCGUCCAGAGCCCCUGUUUGUGGGAUUUUUGUGGACUUUGCUACAGCCUCGCACCGUCAGAAGAGCCGGAUGCAGGCCCUUAAGCAGAAGACACGAAGUACAAAACUACUUCGGCUUAUCGACUUAGAUUUCUCAUUCACUUACUCUCUCUUGGAUCUACCACCAGUAAAUGAAUACGACAUGUAUAUCAGAAACUUCGGGAAAAAAAAUACCAAGCAGGCAUACAUUCAGUAUAAUGAAGAUAAUGUUGAAAGAGACACUCAGACUGAAGAUAUAGAGACCAGGGAUGUGUGGACCCAGCAUCCAGGAGAAGGUGCCAUUGUAUAUGGAGGUAGUAAAGAACGGGAAUUCUGUGACACUACAGUUGUACCCAAGAUUGACACUCCAAGGUUAUCCAGCUUUCUCCGGGCAGCAUGUCAGGUGGUUGCUGUUUUGCUUGAAGAGGACCGUUUGGCUGGUGAGCCCGUCUGGAGCCUCAGGGCUGCAGAUCACACCCUGAGCAUUAGUGAUAGCUCUUCUCAGGUGGACACUGGCCUGCCAUUUCUUGAAAAUCGAAAAGUAUCCUGCUUGCAUGCCUCUCGAGUACAAAGGCAGACCGUGGUCUCUGUGCAUGAUCUACCUGCAAAGGCCUCUGCCCAGCUGCUGGACUGCAGAUACCUCCUCUGUGUAUGGGACAUCUGGCAGCCUUCAGGGCCCCAGAAGGUCCUGAUUUGUGAGUCUAAGGUCACGUGUUGCUGCUUUAGCCCUCUGAAGGCAUUUCUGCUGUUUGCUGGGACAGCACAUGGCUCAGUGGUGGUGUGGGACCUAAGAGAAGACUCCAGGAUUCACCGUUACGUUGAGCUGAGUGACUGCUGCUGGACCUUCAGGACGGCCACGUUUUCCACCGACGGAGUCCUUACCUCAGUGAGCCACCGAAGCCCUCUGCAGGCCCUGGAGGCCGUCUCCUCGUCCGUCUGCCGGAAGCAGAGCUUGGUGCUCUCGCCCUUCUCUACCCAGGAAGAAACGUCGGGUUUGUCGUUCCACGUGGCCUCCCUGGAUGACAGCGGGGUUCUCAAUAUGUGGGUGGUUGUUGAAUUACCAAAGGCGGAUAUGGCAGGCUCGAUAAGUGACUUAGCUUGGUCAGUCCUGCCUGCAGCUGCCUAUCGCUCUGCUCUGUUGGGUCAGUCGAGGACCUCUGUGUUCUGCGUUCAGGUGUUGGGAAAGGCAGCAGAGUUCAGACGGCCUCAGCUGGGAGCAGAUGUGCCAUCCGUUGCCCGAGCCCUUGCCCACUUUGGGCUCUUCCUGUACAGUGUGGCCCUCCUGGACUCCUCAGGGCGUGGGGCAGAAGUGAUGGGGGACAGCUGGCAGUUUUGAUGCUGUGUGGUGUGGUUCUAGAGGCCAAGAGGGCUCAGAGGUCACAGAACACUUGGGUCCUGUGGUACGCUGUGGCCUAGCUGGACUGCCUCAGCCUCUAGCCGCUCCCCUUUCAGUGACAUAGCCUCCCUUGUUUGUGCUGGGCUGUGUCCCUGGGUGGCUUUGGGAAGCAGUAGGAGGGAUUUGGACUUUGUUCCUGCUCUUCAGAGUGAGGGAGGAGCUCUUGGCCUCACAGAGCAGAUGUGGCUGCCCCUACCAGACGGAUGCCCUGCACCGUGGGGUUUCUGGGGGAAACAAGACCGCGUUACUUGCUGUGCGCCGUCCCCCUGUGCUGACCUGUCUGGGUUCUGGUCUGUCAGGUUACGCUCAGAACCUCGGGUCCUCAGAACACAGGAGCCCUGUGCCUCCUCUGCGGUGUUCCUCGCCGUCAGCCUCGUCCCUCCUGCUCAGCGUACCUUGCUGUUGUCUCUGCUGGCUGACCUGCCUUGCCUGCUCUCCCAAGCACGAGGACCCUGCGGUUUGAGCCUGUUGAGGCAGGCCUUGCUGCUGAUGGGCCCCUGUGACAGCACUGCCCGCAGACACAGGCAGUGGGAAUAGCAUUAGUCUGCCUAAAAACAUUUUGAGGCACAUAUGAAAUGUCAUGCAGGGGAUCGAGGCAUGUGCCUGUGAUGUGAAACACACCCUUCGUGUGUUCUACCUCUGCAGAUCCCCAGCUGCCUCGCCACUUUGCCCUCAGGAGGGGGGUGCUGCCUGGCAGCAGAGAGUGCAGGGUGCCAAGCUGUCCUGAGGCCUCCCACUGUGGCCUGUUGUGGACUGAAGCCAUGUCUGUCUUUUAUUCCUUUCUGAAAUGUACUCUGCAGGUCCAGUCCCAGGUGCCAGGGAAACGGUGGGGAGGAGAUGUGGGCUGUAGAUGGGGACUGGGGUGUAAUGCUAGGACACGGAGCUACCUGGACAAGGCUGGGUCAGAGAGGUGUCUCUGGAGAAGUGUGAGCCAGGACUCAUGGGCACGCCUGCCGCAGAGGUGCCAGGCAGUUAGACCACAUGAUGGCAGCGUGCCAGGGCCCUGCCACCUCACAGCGUCUUCAUUUAGUUGCUUCCAGGUCCUAGGUGAGAUUCUGCUCAGAAUCACAUGGGUCUCUGUUCCUCUCGUGCACUGAUUUUAAAAAGGGAGGAUGGUGUUGGGAGUAGCGAGGAGGCUAAGCCAGCUCAUGUCUGAGGGUCAGUGUGGUGGCUGUGCGCACUUUGGAAAACGAGGGGAGGGAAAGAAAGAUGGGGUCGGCCCUGGGAGUCCUGAUGUUUGUUGUUCGAGGAGAGGAAGUUAGGAAACUGAGGAGCAAUGAGGGAGGCUGGAGGAGCUGGAGACCCCCAGUUCCGUCAGUAAGUUCUGAACGGCCCUGGGGGACUUUGCAGACGGGGCUUGCUGCUGUGGGCUGAAGGGUGCUGCCCCUGCUCUUGCUGCACCUGAAGGCAGAAGGCUCCAGGGUCAGAGUCCCCUGUGAUCCUCGCGGAGCACGCGCACCUCACCUGUCGUUUGCAUUGUGGCACUGUUUGAGAUGACGUUUAGGCAGUGAGCGUGGCUCCAGGUUACGAGGUGCACCCGUUCUGCC